GUCACGUAUAUAAAUCAAAACCAUGUCUUCCCCUUGAUUUAUAUAAAUCAGAACUCAGAAGUUCCUACAAAAACAUAGUCAUCACACACGUAAGAAAACAUGGAGAAGUUUUCCCUUGUGUUGCUUCUUGUUUUUGUGCUGGUAGCUGCAGCUCAUGGAGUUGCAGAGAAUAACAUAUAUGACGACAUUGCCAUGCUUAGAGAACUUGAUGAAGACUUGAAUUUCGGUGUCACAGAGAUAGAAGAGGAACUUCUCGAGACCCCAGGAUGGAGAAGCGAACGUGGUGGCAAGACCCUUUUUAAUGUAGAUAGCUUUGGUGCAGUUGGAGAUGGAGUUGCUGAUGAUACCCAGGCCUUCGUGAGUGCAUGGAAUAAAGCAUGCUCUACUCCAAAAUCAGUUUUCUUGGUGCCUGCUGGACGACGUUAUCUCGUUAGUGCCACUAGAUUCAUAGGGCCCUGUGGCGACAAGUUCAUCAUCCAGAUCGACGGAACAAUAGUAGCGCCAGAUGAUCCCAAGAGAUGGGACCCCAACAACCUAAGAAUUUGGCUUGAUUUCUCCAAACUGAAUAAGGUGGUUUUCCAAGGUAGUGGGGUUAUAGAUGGCUCAGGCAGAAAAUGGUGGGAUUCAUCCUGCAAAAGAAACAAAUCAAAUCCAUGCAGAGGAGCACCAACAGCCUUAACGAUAGAUUCGAGCACGGCGGUGAGGGUGAAAGAUCUUACCAUUCAGAACAGUCAACAAAUGCACUUCGUCAUCUCUCGCUGCACAUCAGUUCGAGUAACCAACGUCCUAGUCUCGGCUCCAGGGAACAGUCCCAACACUGAUGGAAUCCAUAUCACUGCCUCCACUAAUGUUGCGAUUCAAAAUUGCAAAAUUGGAACAGGUGAUGAUUGCAUCUCCAUCGUCAAUGCUAGCUCAGCUAUCAAGAUGAAGAACAUCUAUUGCGGACCAGGCCACGGCAUCAGCAUAGGGAGCCUUGGCAAAGACAACUCCGUAGGCAUCGUCUCGAAGGUGGUUUUGGACACUGCACUCCUUAGGGAGACUACUAAUGGCGUCAGGAUUAAGACUUGGCAGGGAGGAUCCGGCUACGUUCGCGCAAUACGCUUUGAAAAUGUGCAGAUGGACGAAGUUGAAAAUCCCAUCAUCAUCGAUCAAUUCUACUGCGACUCCCCAAAAUCUUGUCAGAAUCAGACAUCGGCUGUGCAAAUAAGCCAAAUCAUGUACCGAAACAUCAGUGGGACUACUAAGAGCGCAAAAGCUAUGAAAUUUGCGUGCAGCGAUACAGUUCCAUGCAGCCACAUAGUCCUGAGUAAUGUCAACCUGGAGAAGGAGGACGGAACAGUUGAGACCUACUGCAACUCUGCCACUGGAUUUGGAUAUGGAGUCGUGCAUCCCUCUGCCGAUUGCUUGCGGUUCUCGGACAAGAAGACCCACCCAGACAACACAAAGGAUACCGAACUUAUAACACUCAUCAGUAGAAACAACCCUAUCCACACCGAGCUCUGAGUCUGAGCCUCGACUUAAAACCUCUAGAGCCACCAAUAGUGCUGUGAGAUUGGUUGCAAACUAGAUAUAUAUAUAUAUGUAGUUCAUAGAGUUUUGUAUCAUCACCAUCAUCAUCUAAGCCUUGUCCCAACUAUAUAGGGUCGGCWAAUUCAUAGAGUAGAAUUGGGCCAUGGGUGAAAAUAGUCCAUUGCCCAAAGCAGUACUAAAGCUGCAUAUAUUUUGAUAUUGGUGUUACACAUGAUACGUUGAUUCAAUGAAUAGAAAGCAAGCAUAUGUAAUGUACACUAAAGAAGUAAAAUAACAUUGAUUUA